AUGGCUGCAAGUAAUAACAGUGGUAAUAGAUCUAACGGAAACAGUGGCAUAGGGCUAACUGGUCAGAUUUCGGAAUUUAACAUUAAAGACGACGAUUUCAGUGCUUGGGUAGAAAGAUUCGAAUUAUUUAUAUUACUAAAUGAGGUUAACGUGCAUAAGAAAAAAUUAAUGUUUCUUACAUUUCUGGGUAACGACGGCUAUUCAUUAUUAAGAGACCUAUGUAUACCUAGUAAGCCUAUCGAUAAGGGAUAUGACUCAUUAAAAGAAUUGUUGUCAAAUUAUAUUAACCCGAAACCAAACUUGCUCACGGAACGAUAUAAAUUCAAGGAGAGGAAGCAAAGAUCUGAGGAAACAAUACACCAGUUUGUUGCAUCUUUAAAAAAACUUUCACAAUUUUGUGAAUUUGGUGUAAACUUGGACGACUCGCUAAGGGACCAAGUAGUUUAUGGUAUCAAGGAUGUUCAUAUUAAAAAGCGUUUGCUGUCAGAAACGAAGUUGACAUUCAAAAGAAGUGUGGAGCUAUCUUUAUCAAUGGAAGCUGCAGAUAAAGAUGUAUCAAAAUGGGAAAGUCAAGAGUUGAACUAUCAGAAAUUCAUGAAGACAAAAAACAACAAAUCAGUGAAGGACUGGGGCAAAGGAAAACUGAAAACCGAAAAGAAGGAGUCAUCGAAGGGUAUGUCUGGCAAGAUUGUGUGUUUUUGUUGCGGUGUUGUUGGUCACACUAAACCAAACUGUAAGUAUAAAUCACUUGUAUGUUCAAAUUGUUCCAAAGUUGGACACUUGAAAAAAGUUUGUAAAAUUAAAAAGAGUAAUGUUAACUUAUUGGAACAAGUGAAUAAUAAUUUAAAUGAUGAUUUUGGUGACUUAAAUGUUAUGGAUAACAUAUAUCUUUUAGAUUCUGUUGAUUGUAAUUUUAUUAAGCCAUUUAAUAUUAAAUUGAAUGUGGGUGGAAAUUUAAUAAAUUUUCAAAUUGAUACCGGAUCCUCUAUUACAGCUAUAUCGUAUGAUGAAUUUAUGAAAGUUAAAUUUAAGACCAAAGAUUUAAUUAAUAGUGAUAUUAGUUUAAAAGGAUACACUGGUACAUUAAUUGAACCAGUAGGUUUUUUAAGAGUAAAAGUGUUAUUCAAAGACCAUGUUGUUCAAGACUUGAAAUUAUAUAUAAUUAAAGGAGGUGGUCCGCCUAUUGUUGGUAGGGAUUGGAUUGAUAGAUUGUCUAUACCGUUAACAGAUAAAGUUUAUUCACUUACAUCUUAUAGUCAUGAUAGUAUUUUUAAAGAAUUUUCUUCAGUAUUUAGUACAGUUUUAGGAUGUUAUAAACCAAAAACUUUUAAACUAUAUUUAAACGAUAAUGUUAAGCCAGUAUUUUGUAAACCAAGGGUUUUACCCUUUACCUUAAAAGAUAAAGUAAGUAAUGAAAUUGACAGACUCAUUAAUGAGAAAUUGUUAAUUCCUGUUGAGACAUCAGAGUGGGCUACCCCAGUAGUUCCAGUAGUUAAAGGGGAUGGCACUAUUUGUUUAUGUGGGGACUAUAAGGUAACUUUGAACAAAUUUCUUAAAGUAGAUAGAUACCCGAUUCCGAGGGUGAGUGAUUUGAUGGCUACGUUGCAAGGAGCAUCAAAAUUUUGUAUUUUAGAUUUGUGUCAAGCUUAUCAACAAUUAUUAUUAGAUGAAGAUUCUCAAAAGUUAACUACGUUAUCAACUCAUAAGGGGCUAUAUGUUUUUAAACGCAUACCAUAUGGUAUAGCAUCUGCACCUGGUAUUUUACAGCGUGAGAUGGAAAAUGUAUUAAGAGAUAUUGAUGGUACAGUAGCUUUUUAUGAUGACAUUAUUAUAUCUGGUAAAUCAGAAGAGGAAGUAUGUAGUAGACUAAAAGAGGUGUUAAGUAAAUUGAGUUUAGUGGGAUUUACUGUUAAGAAAGAGAAAUGUAAAUUGUUUAAAGAUAGUGUAACUUUCUUGGGGUAUAAGAUUGAUAAGGAUGGACUUCAUGUUCCAGAAACGAGAGUUAAGGCUAUAACAGCUGCACCUAUUCCUUGUAAUGUUUCUCAGUUAAAGGCAUUUUUAGGACUAGUUACAUAUUAUGGUAAGUUUAUUAAGAACAUGUCGACAAUAGCAAACCCAUUAUACAAAUUGUUAAAAAAUAAUACUGCAUAUGAGUGGGGCAAUGAUCAAAAUAAAGCUUUUGACGGUAUUAAAAAAGCGUUAUUAUCUAAAGAAAUAUUAAUUCACUACAAUCCGAAAUGGCCUAUCAUAUUAGCAUGUGAUGCUAGCCCGACUGGGAUUGGAGCGGUUUUGUCCCAUAAACUACCAGAUGGAUCUGAGAAACCAAUUGCAUUUAUUUCGAGAACUUUGAGUAGUUCUGAACGCGGUUAUGCUCAAAUUGAUAAGGAAGCGACUGCUUUAUAG